CCUCCUCGGCUGCCUCCUGAAGCCGCCUGGGCUGCCCGUCCUGGGUACGCACCGUUGGAGCCUCCUGCCUGGUUUCUCAUGCUUCUCUGUCUCUUCUCUAAGCCAAUUUCUUGCUCCUUCUUCUGUUUCUGCCUCUCUGUCUAUCUAUUUCUGUCCUUCCCAGGCCACAUCAUUGCCUCUCUCUCAUUCUGUCUUAUCUCUUUACCUUUCUAUUUCUUAUUCUUUUUUCUCUUUAACUUUUCUUCUAUCCCCUUUUUAAUCUCCCUUUUUUCUCUGCCUCUUUCAUUCCCUGCCAUUGGGUUUUCUCUGUGUCUCAUUCUCAAUUCCUAAAUUGCAGCAAACAAGGGACAAAAGGACCCUGCAAUACGCCUUGGGGUAAGGUGGGCUCUGCCCUCCAAGGGCAUUGACUGAGCCCACUCAAGCAGGAUUGGUGAAGACGAUGUCUAGGCUGGAGAGGGCUGCUGUCUGUCUCCUCGGCUGGAGGGACAGAGCCCUGGCUUUGAAGUGGUGGCACCAUCUCACUCCAGGGCCAUGUCUGGAUUAGCCACUGUCUGGGCAUUUUUUCCCCUUGCCCAACCCACUCAGUCCCCCGGGGUGGAAAGGAAGGGGUGCUGGGCACCUGGACCAGAGCUGCAUCCAGAGGUCUUUGCCAGGUUCCCAGGAGGCAGCAUCCUCUGGGUUAGCACUGCUGGAGAACGCCCAGGGUCUGGUGCUCCCGUAUCUCUCUACCUUUCUAUUUCUCGUUCUUUUUUCUCUGUAACUCUUUCUUUCUGUCCCCUUUUUGGUCUCUCUUUUUUCUCUGCCUCUUUCUUUCACUGCCAUUGGGUUUUCUCUGUGUCUCAUUCUCAAUUCCUAAAUUGCAGCAAAGCGGGGACAAACCUACCCUGCUUCGUGCCUACCCCUUCCAGGCAGCUGGCUCUGAUUGCACGAGGCAGACAGACCUGUGACCCCUCCAUCCAGCUAUGCCCCUGCUGCCUAGCACCGUGGGCCUGGCAGGCCUGCUCCUCUGGGCUGGCCAGGCAGUGAACGCCUUGAUGAUGCCUAAUGCUACCCCGGCCCCAGCCCGGCCCGAGAGCACAGCUGUGCGGCUCCCGAGUGGCCUGGGGGUGCCCAGGUACCGCCGGAGGCGCCACAUCUCUGUGAGAGACAUGAAUGCCUUACUGGAUUAUCACAACCACAUCCGGGCCAGCGUGUACCCACCUGCUGCCAACAUGGAAUACAUGGUCUGGGACAAGCGGCUGGCCAGGACUGCCGAGGCCUGGGCCACCCAGUGCAUCUGGGCACAUGGGCCUUCACAGCUGAUGAGAUACGUGGGCCAGAACCUCUCCAUCCAUUCUGGCCAGUACCGGUCCGUGGUGGAUCUCAUGAAGUCCUGGUCUGAGGAGAAGCGGCAUUACUUGUUUCCCGCCCCGAGGGACUGUAACCCACACUGCCCCUGGCACUGCGAUGGCCCCACCUGCUCCCACUAUACCCAGAUGGUGUGGGCAUCCUCCAAUCGGCUGGGCUGCGCCAUCCACACCUGUAGCAGCAUCAGCGUCUGGGGCAACACCUGGCAUCGGGCGGCAUACCUGGUCUGCAACUACGCCAUUAAGGGCAACUGGAUUGGCGAGGCCCCGUACAAGAUGGGAAGGCCGUGCUCCGCCUGUCCCCCCAGUUACCAAGGCAGCUGCAAUAGCAACAUGUGCUUCAAUGGGCUGAAAUCCAACAAGCUCCCGUGAUUCUGAAUUUUCUCUGGGCUUUGGUGUGCCGCCAGCUGGGCCUGACCCUCCAUGUCCUGCCCUCAAAAAACUAGGUGGAGAAAUAAUUUCUUCUUUAAAGGAGAUGUGUUAGAAUUACCCCCUAUUUAAUUUUCCCUCCUAGAUUCCCUUUCUUAAAUGUCCAACAUGGGUCAAAAGAAAAUGACCUCCUUGCCUGCCUUCUUUCCUAGUUGCAUCUUUCUUUUCUUGGGCCUCCGGGAAAGAGUCCUGCAUCUUUCAUUAAUUCAGUUCUCAGAGAACCAAGGCUGGAAGGCAUAGAACUGGCACCUUAGGAUCAGGCAUAAUGGCUCACACCUAUAAUCCCAGCAUUUUGGGAGGCUGAGGUGGGAGAAUCACUUGAGUCCUGGAGUUGGAGAACAGCCUGGAAAGCAUGGCAAUACUCCAUCUCUAUUUAAAAACAAACAAACAAACAAAAAACCUGGCACCUCAGUUUUGUAACUCUCAGGCUUUGCCAAAACCAAAUGACUUUGUCCAUCCAAUGAAAGGAAUUCCACCAGGUGUGGCUGUUCACACCUGUAAUCCCAGCAUUUUGGGAGGCUGAGGUGGGUGGAUCAUCUGAGGUCAACAGUUUGAGACC